AUGGAGGAAACGGAAGGUACUGAUGGCUGUUACUGUGCUGGCUGUGGCGAGAACAUUCAGGACUCUUUCCACAUGAAAGUACUUCAAGAUACCUGGCACAACGCCUGCUUUCAAUGCUCGGUGUGCUGUGACCACUUAACAAACUGGUACUAUGAAAAGGAUGGGAAGCUUUACUGCAGGAAGCAUUACUGGGAGAAGUUUGGAGAGCUGUGCCACGGCUGCUCUCUGCUUAUGACGGGGCCGGCUAUGGUGGCUGGAGAACACAAGUAUCACCCUGAGUGUUUCGUCUGCCUGAGCUGCAAAGUGAUCAUUGAAGACCGGGACACUUACGCUUUAGUGGAGAGGUCCCAACUGUACUGUGGAAAGUGUUACAAACAGGUCGUCCUAACACCCAUGUUGGAAAAGCGUUCACAUGACUCUGUCCUGGAUGCACUGCCCCACACAGUGACCCUCAUCUCCAUGCCGUCUGCCGCUAAUGGAAAGAGGGGCUUCUCUGUGUCAGUGCAGCGGGACGUGAGCGGAGCGGCCAGCGUGCAAGUGAAAGAAGUCCGGGGAAUGCUCAUUAGUCCAGAGGUGAGGAAUGCCAUUCAUGUUGGAGACCGGAUCCUUGAGAUCAACGGGCUCCCAGUGGGGACGCUUAUGGAGGAAGAGGUGGACGACCUCAUACACUGCACAAGUCACACACUGCAGCUGCUGAUCGAAUAUGAUCCGGUUCGACACCGCUUGGACCGCCUCAGACUCAGCUCUCCACAGAGUCCCCUCGGGAUCCCGGCCAUCUCCAGAAUGCGCCUGUCCUCUCCUUCAGGGGCCGUCCUAGAAAGAACUGACGUGGUGGACGAUGGGACACGGAAGAGGCCAUCUUUGAGGCGAAGCAGCAGCACCUGUAAAUCACCAGGCCCAUACUCUCCUAAAGACCAGCCUUUUAUUUCACGUGACAUUGGCCGUUCUGAGUCUUUGAGAUCACCCAGUAGCUGCUCUCAUCGCAUCUUCAGACCAUGUGACCUCAUUCAUGGUGAAGUCUUGGGGAAAGGCUUUUUCGGACAAGCCAUCAAGGUGACACAUAAAGCCACCGGUGAAGUGAUGGUGAUGAAGGAGUUACUGCGGUGUGAUGAGGAAACACAGAAAACAUUCCUUAAAGAGGUCAAAGUAAUGCGGAGCCUGGAUCACCCGCACGUCUUAAGGUUUAUUGGUGUUCUAUAUAAAGACAAGAGACUGAAUUUGAUAACAGAGUUUAUCGAAGGAGGAACUCUGAAGGACUUCAUCAGAGACACGGACCCGUUUCCAUGGGAACAAAGAGUGAGCUUUGCGAAGAGCAUUGCCUCUGGAAUGACGUAUUUGCACUCUAUGAACAUCAUACAUAGAGAUCUGAACUCUCACAAUUGCUUGAUUAAACUGGACAACACAGUUGUAGUUGCUGACUUUGGACUUUCCCGUCUCGUUGUGGAAGAAAAAGUUAAACCUCCAUCUGAGAAAACAUCCAACAAGAAAAGAGUUUUUCGACGCAUUGACAGAAAGAAGAGAUACACCGUUGUGGGAAACCCAUACUGGAUGGCACCAGAGAUGCUCAAUGGUAAACGGUAUGACGAAAAAGUGGACAUCUUUUCUUUUGGAAUCGUUCUUUCUGAGAUCAUUGGCAGAGUCUAUGCUGACCCAGAGUGUCUUCCCAGGACCAUGGACUUUGGUCUCAAUGUUGUUAAGUUUGCUGAAAAGUUUCUUCCUGAAGAUUGUCCUUCAGCAUUCUUUCCACUGGCUGUGGCCUGCUGCGACCUCACACCAGACAGCAGACCACCUUUUCAGAAGUUGGAAGACUGGUUUGAAGCUCUCUCUCUAAACCUGGAGCUUGGGAUACCCUUGCCUGCCGAACUAGAAGAACUGCAGCACAGUCUCAGCCCUCUCAUAAGUCCAGAGGACAGUUCUUCAAGUACCAGUCAGCCCAUAACACCCACGACAGCAUCAUGUCCCGACUCCCCAGAGUCUAUGGCAGAAAGUUGCUCUUAG